UCCCUUCAGCGCCCCACCCACUGCCUCUGCGCGCCGCGUGCUCCUGUGGCAUGGGGCUUCGCAAAUUUACGUUGUUUUAACAAAGUCUUUUUUUGUGCAUUCAUUUCGCUUUGCCAGCUACAGCUCGCCGAUAACGGGUGUUGCUUACAUUUACCGGCGUCACUGAAGGAAAAGACAUUGUACCUGUUUUCUAGGCUUCUGUAAACAUGCUGCCGAGUCGCUCUCCGCCACACGACUGGCUUGGCGAGUCGGAACCGCUGCUGUUCGACGACGAGUUUUGCCAGAACCUAAUCAAGGACCUGCAGGCGAUCCCCACGCCGCCGCAGUCUCCGCCGAUCAAGGCCGACCUCGUGUCCACCGUGGAUCACUUCGAGCUGGUGUCGGAGCUUUUGCUCGAGGACAGCGACAUUUUGAACUGGAACUGUGAUUUAGGCGAUGAUCGUGCGAGGUAUUCCGUCUCGGACGACUGCUUGUGGCCAUGCGCCGGGGAGAAAUCGGCUGAAGAGAAAAUGUCCGUCCUUUCCACGAGUCCUCUGCUUUCGGAUAUCGAUACGGAAAUCUUCGCCGAGAUCGUCGGUUCCACGCUGGAUUGUGAGGCGCUGAUGCAGAGCGAUGACUUGAUCCUGAGCACCCCCGAGCAGAGCGAGACCUCCUCCGACUACGGCUCACUGUCCGCGGCCGGAGAAUCAUCCAGCGAUUCCGAGGAGGAGAUUGAUGUGGUGACUGUGCGCCGCUCCAACACGUUCACUCGCUCACAGCAGCAGAAGGAUGAUGGCAGGCGUGAACAGCAGCAGGCACUGAAACGCCGUCACCUUGAGAUCCAACAGCAACACAACUACGCCGCUCCUCGGCCCGCCUCACCCCCGCCCCCUUCGCUGAGUGUAAAACGUGCCCGCGGAAAUAUGAGACACUUCACCUCCCGCCACGCCUGCGACCUGGAGGACGAUGAGGAGCGCCGCAGGACCCAUAAUGUUAUGGAGCGACAGCGACGCAAUGAGUUGAAGAACUGCUUCCUACGUCUGCGUGACCAUGUGCCCGAGCUGUCGAACAACGACAAAGCAUCCAAGGUGAUGAUACUAAAACGUGCUAAGGAGAGCAUCCGCAACAUGGAAUCAGAGGGACAGAGGCUCAGUCAAAAGAGAGACAGGCUGAGAGAGAAACAAGAACAGCUCAAGGCCAGAUUGGAGCAGCUCAAAAGGCUUUGAGGCUUCUGAAGACCAUUUUGGGACUAGAUACAGCUGGAGUACUGUUUGGGGCAUGGCCAGCAUUCACAGGCUGUCAGAGUCACAGCACUAUUUACUGACUGUUCAUCUCUAAGGAGAUGGCUAGGUUUCUUUUUUUAUUUUAGUUUAUGUAAAAUUCCUUGUGGAAAUAUGCAUCUUCAGUGUAAAAGUUGUUCUCAGAGUAGUUCUUUAAAGCUAUGCCAAAAUUUUUAGUCUUAAAAUGAGAAUGAAAAUUGUAUUUUCUAUGCAAUUUUAUGUUGUUUACCUUAACCCUUUGCCAGUCUAAAUCAUCAUUAAUCUGUAUAAAUUUAUAAUCAUUGAACAUCUUAACAUCUUAACAACCCCCCCCCCCCCCCCCCCCCCCCCACACACACACACACACACACACACACCAUCAUUGAAAAUGAUCAUGUGCUACUGAUGUAUGAUUUUGGGCUGGAUCCAAAAAUGGUCAGAUUUCUGGGGAUGAAUGUGAUGUUUGUAAAUGGUUGUGUUUGCUUUACUGGUAAGAUGUUGAUACUUGUUCUAAUACAGUCUAGGCAUUUAUAUACUGGAAAGACAAGACCAGUUGGUUGACAUUUGCAUUAUCAGUUGUACUUUGGAGUGUCAUUCAAAAAAUGAGUGUUCAUAUUUGAAUCUCAUUUUGUUGUGUGUCAAAUAUAAUAUUUUUAUUCUUUGUCUUAUCUACCUCUGCCAAGGAGACUGGGAUUAUUAUUAUUAUUGCCUUCAUAAUGGCAACUGUAUAGAAGUCAGGUAUUUUUGUCAGUUUCUUAAUUAUGUAUGAUAAAUUAUUUAGGUGUUAUUUUGUUUGCAGAAUUGAAGGUUUGUUCUUUUUAGCAGCACUUUUUAUACUUCUAUUAAACAGUAGACAAUA